UUAUUGGUAUUUUUAAAUUUGAAGAAAGGAAGAAUAAACCCUAAAAUCAAAAUCUCCUCCUUUUACCAGAGCUGCCUCUUUCUUUUCUCCGAUUCUCCUUCCGCCGAGUAAUCGCCGUUACUCAAUCAUGAGGGGACUCAAACGCGCCGCUCUUUCCGAAUCAUUUUCGGAAGCCAACCAAUCUCCCUUUAAGAAUGCAAAACCAGUGGAAGGAACCUUAUUUGGUACUCAGCAGAGUUCGGCAUCAUUGGAUAAACAGAGAGCCGAGUUAGCUAGGAAGCAUGUCAGAGCUCUUAAUAAUCAAUUUGUAAGUUGGGUGCAAAUACAGCUGAAGAAUCAUCCUGAUGAACUUUGGGAAGAUGGGAUGAAUGACUACAUUAGCCAUGCUUCCAACAUUCUGGAAAAGUUUAAAGAUGUUGUCGACUGGCUAAAAGAAAAUAAGGGAAAGGGGGAUAAUGAAUCCCGUGGAGCAGAGAAGAAACAAGUGGCUGAAGUCAAGAAUAACGACGUUAGACCAGAUUCAAACUGUCUACCAGGGCUCUUCUCGACCAAACAAUCUUCCGGUAGUCAGCCUGUUUCGUAUCCAAUCCAGACUGAAGUGUUCGGUUUACCUUCCAAUACCCAAACUGAAUCUUUUAGCAGUGGCCAGUUUAGUUUAGCCAAAAGCAGCCCACCUAGCUUAUUUUCCAGCAAUCUAGCAGGAGGAAUCUCUACUAGCCAACCUCUUUUCUCAUUUUCUAAUAAUCAAAACCAUUUUUCAUCUGGAGUUACUCCAGUGUCCUUACCAGCAAAGCUAGAUUCCCCAGAAGAUGCAGACGGUGAAAAUGAAGAACCUCAACCGAGCAGCCCAUCUGUUAAAAAGACCGAAGAGAAGGGUGUUACUGUGGUUCAUGAAGUCAAAUGCAAACUUUAUGUCAAGUCAAAUGACCCAUCAAAUAAAGGUACAUGGAAAGAUAAAGGAACUGGGAAUCUCUAUAUAAAAUGCAAAGAAGGCGUCGACAAGGGGACAAAAGAAUCUAAACCCACAAUUCUUGUCCGAAACGAUGUCGGGAAGCUGCUUCUUAAUGCUCUACUGUACACUGGAAUCAAGACGAGUGCUCAGAAGAACGCACUUGUUGCAAUAUUUCACUCCUCGGAGGAUUCCAACGAGAAUGUGACAGCUAGAACCUUUCUGAUAAGGACAAAGACAGCAGAGGCUAGGGAUAAGUUAGCAACAGCCAUCCAAGAAUACGCACCUUCAUGAAAUGUCCAAAAACCUUUUUACUGUACCGCCCCUUUUUGUAUCUUGUUGAGCCAUCCACUAUUUUUGUUCUCCUUUGAUCUGUAGUACUAGGACGGCUCUCAAGAUAAGGCUUGGUAAGGGCAUGAUAAUUGUUGUAUGAUUGAGAGAGAGAUAGAGCUCAAGUUGCUUUGUAUCUUAUUAGUAGAGAAUGUUGUGGCAAUCUUUGUAACUUAAAUCCCAAACAAUAAAGUUUUUUUUUUUUUCAUCUGGUUUAACUAUGAUAUAAAUGGUAUACUAGAUCUUAGAACCUAUCAAAAGGCGUAUAUGUUCUAUCAAUUUCCAUUCAGCAAACAAGAAUCAGAGAAGCUACAUACAUUACAAAUCUAAAUUUAUACAAAUGAGAGGGAAACAAUAAAGGAUCAGUGAAGAACUGAUCCAUGUCCUAGCUUUCUCCGUUUUGGUUUUGUGAUCUAUGAAUAACGAAAGAAUCCACUACUUUCACGGUAGCAACAGGGUCUUGAUGCGCUGAAGAUGCACACCAUUUACUUGGAAACUCUCUCUUAUGGCUCAUCACCCCACUCUGUUUCGACUCUGCAUCCCAAUCUUUGUCCAGCUUCCAGUCUU